AAACAAACCUUCUCUCGAACAUCUUGAUGGUUGUCAGUACGAUGUUGGACUUCGCGUACGAAGCCCUCAGGCUCCCGGACAGGGGCGAGGUGAAGUCCACUAACCGUAAAUAAGAUGACGCAGGCAGCGAAGGCGGAGGCGGACGAUGACCAUUGACGAAGAGCCUCAGCAGGAGCGCACGCUGUCGCCGUCGUCCGGCGUGGACUUCGACAAGGUCAUUCUGCCCUCGACGGGCGCGUGGGCGGAGCUCGUGGAGGGCGCCAGCGUCAGCUCUGCGAGCGUGAGGGGUCUGCCUCCAACUUUCUGGGCUUGGCGACCUUUUGCACGCGGCGCGCCGCAUGCUAGCCCUGAGACGACGCUGAAGAGACGGGGACGGAGACUUCGGAGGACUUGCUGCAAGAGUACUGACCCGGCGUAUCUCUUCCUACUCUUAAGCCCUGUUCUAAUUGUUCCUCAUGGAUGACGGCGCAGAUCGUACCGUCGGGGAUGCAUCUUCAGAUUUAUGAAAGAACCCAGACAGAAUGUCACACUUCUUACUGUCUCCCAUCGACUUAUAAGCCUCAUCCGCGACGGGAGUGGAGAUUCAAUAUGAACUUGUAAUGGAUGAACAUAGAAUGAAUGCAGGCGAACUUUUGAAGGCGUUC